ACCAUUCUCGACACAGAAAUCAGAUGUUAUCCCACCGAGUAUAUAUCGCGACGUGACGAUAUUUCAGAGUUCACUUUGCAAGUUGAGCGCGAGGUACGUGCAUACACACAUACACACUCAUUGAGAACCUGAGAAAACGUGAUUAUAUAUGUCGCGAUUUCUCUUUUACGCACUGCUCCCCUAUGCUGUUUUCCCUGCGAUACGCGCCGCCAACAACUACUAUCGCAAAUUGUUUAUUCAACAUAACUCGGCGGCGGAAACGAUGUUCCCUUGCAUCAACUAUACGGCGUUACGUCUGUUCAACGACGGGAAUCGCAUCGGCUUGAUAUGCUACCAAUGCGACUGGUUCGAAAACGAGAUCAUAUAGCAGUUCAUGAAGGAUCGCGCGAUGAUUGUAAGCGAUCGGCCGUUGCAGAUCAAGAAUAGACGCGCAGUCAGCUACCUGGUGUUCGCCAACAAAAUGUUCGCGGAGUCGCGGCGACAAUUGCUGGAGGAGAGGAGUAAGAACCGCGGAUACUUGCACAGGACGCAAUAUCUGUUCGUGAGCGCGGCCGCGCAGGAAACAGUGCACACUUUCGCCGGUGAUUUAUGGCGCGCAGGUUUUCGCGAUAUAGCGUUCCUCACGCUAAACAACUCGGACCGUGGGAUGGUUCAAGUGCCCGUGAUGAAGCGUACCAUUGUCAUGAGGUCGCUCGGCCAUUGUUCACCGGCCGGGAAUGAUCUAAACCGGAUCGUGCCGUACUCAUCCAAUUUCUAUCGAUUCUGCGCACGGAAACCGUGCACGCUGCUGCACGGCGCUGUGGCCGACGAUACCGUGCGAUUCUGGCGCGACGAGGAUCAGUUGAAAAUGUCGGAAACAGACGGUUAUGAGUCUAUGGGAGUUAUGUUGAUCAAGCGAUUCACGUCUUACUACAGUAUCGAGACACGCUACAAAGACGCUAACCUGACGUGGCCGGAAGCAGCUAGAAAGCUGCUCAACGGUGAACUUGACAUAGUAGUCGGCUUGAUGCCGGAGAAUCUGAAGAUUCUCGAGGGUCUGCAGAUCAUUUGCUGGUACAGAGACCGAACGUUGACAUUCGCUGCCCAAGUGCAUCGUCGACUUCGCGACCAUCCGGUACUGCAGCUGCUCACACCGUUUCACUAUUCUGUCUGGGUUUGCACGAUCGUCAUGCUGCUCUUUUACAUCGUGCUACUGUAUACGCUUAGAAAGUUGGCGCGCAUAAGAUUAAUUAAGGAGCGAUUAAAGUUCAUGCAAAUCUACGAGAUCAUGCUGGGCCAAGGCGUCUCAUUGCCGAGGAAGAUGUCGUUACGCGCGGUCCUGGCACUGUGGAUGAUCUUCUCUCUAAAUCUAAGCAUCGUUUAUAAUAGCACUUUCACGAGCUCACUUGCCGAUUUGAACACGGAGGAUUUAUUGAAGGAUCUGGCGGAAUUACGGGAUUCGGAUAUGCCUCUCUGCGGACCCUCCAUCGUACAAAAAGUUCUGAAUGAUUCCAACGACCCGGUCACCACUGAUUUGCGCGACAGAUACAGGGUCAUGAGGCGAGCGGAGGAAGUGUUGGAUGCAAUAAUGUCGAACAACACAAUGGGAGUGAUCCAGCAUAUGACUGUCGACAGAAUGAAUUGGGCGACCAGGACAAACCGAAGUCUACGCAUAUACACCUUGUCGCAGCCUAUACUGACAUUUCCCGUAUUAUUUUACACGAGGGCGGAACAUCCGUACCGCGUGCCCUUUGAGCGCAUUGUCACAGAGUAUCGUGAAUCAGGAUUGCUUUAUAAAUGGGUCAAAUAUUACGUGAUCAACGAAGAUAAGCAGAUCGCCACGUCGCGCGUGGAAGACGAAGACGACGAGGACGGUAUAUUGAACAUGGAGCACCUCGGGCCCGUCUUCAAGUUUUUCUUUAUGUGCCAGACGAUCAGCGUCUUGGUCUUCUUCGUCGAAUUAUUCAAAUUCCACGUUCUCAAAGUACGGUAAAGUAAUGUCACAGCAUAGUAGUCGAAAAUCUCGUUUAAAUUUUGACCUUUUGGAGUCGCGGUCCAUUUUAAAGAUCAAUUGAGUGAGGUGAAACGUACCAUUAUGCGCGCUUUCAUGACAUUUUAUGCAGUCGAAAAGUCUCAUCCGAAUGAAUGAUGCGAUUCCAAUAUUACCCGUCUCUUCCGAUAUUAUCCAUGACGUCCUCGACGUUAAUGCGACGUUAAUUGAAAUCUGCACUUCGCGCACCAUUUAAGGUAGAAAAAAUAGAAAAAAGAAGACCGACUCGCCGAAUGCGAUUUUAUGAUCGGCGCGGUGACGUACGCGUGACAUCAUUCUUCUAUUUUGAACGCAUAUCGUGUGUACCGUGUACAUUCCGUCAUGAAGCAUGUCUCAUUGAACUUUAUGUUCGCUCCUACGGCCUACACAAGGUCGUAGUAUUACGUAGUAUCCGCUGCACGAAAAGGGAGCGACGUUCUGCGUCGUGUACUGCCUUUGGCCUUAUAAAUUUCAACGGUGGCUCAUGUCGUCGUAAUCCACCGCUUUGAAGUUAGAAUUCCGUUCGCUUAACCCGAUCGCUUCCACUUACGUGAUCUAUUAAACUAAUAACCUAGCUGUGCGCGUUCGCGCGCAUUAUUUUACUUCGCCUCUAACUUCGCUGUUCCGUCAUCGUCGAAAAUUUAUCCCACGUUACUAUCAAUGCAUUUUCCGCUCGGUCGAUGAUGAACAUGUUAAAUGUGGAUAUAAUCGUGCUUAUAUACCGACAGAAAUUUCAAGAAAAUUAAACAUGAGCGUUUCAAAAGAGAAAGAAAGAAAGAGAGAGAAAGAGAGUGUGUGUAAAUAUCUAAAAAAAAUCUUUGAAAAUUAUUCACAUUAUGCCCAGGAGCGCGAUUCAAUUCAGUUUGCGCAAUCUUACCGCAAAAUAAGGAUUCUCUUUACCGUAGGGAAACGCAUUAAAUUCUAAUUAGGAUUUCAUUGGACUCUCAAAUAUUAACACGGUACUCAUGACCCUCUCGCAUUCCACUGUUCGCGUAAAACCUAAUCUCUACGUCCCUACAUCUCUAUGCAUAAUCUAUAUACGCUCACAUAUCGUAAACUUUUGCACGAUAUAAAAUCUGUAUGUAAGGAAUAUGAUAUAUAAUAUAUAAUUAUAUUUUAUUAUAUCGUUAUAUGGAGGAAACUAAGGAUAUCAUUUGCCCAUAUAUAUGGUUAUCAUAAUGUUGAUGUUAUUUUUCGCGCAUGCGUGCAAAAAAGUUGUAAAAACUAUAAUACUAUAAAAGUUGUAAUAACUAUAAUACUCUGAAAGGAUAUAUACUGAUGUUCUUUUCUGUCUGUCUAUAUGUGCUUAAGCUUUCAGUGUUGUAUGCUGCAACAAAACUUUACAAGUUUUUCAAUCAAAACAUUCGUUCUGCAGAGAGACAAGAAUAUCUUUUUAGUUGAGACAACUAUAUAUAUAUGAGGAUAUAUUAACUCGUACAUAUAUGAGGAUAUAUUAACUGAAUAUUAUAUAUCACAAGAACUAUGACUCUAAGAACUACAUAGAUAAGUAAAUGAAAAGUUUUAUUUACUCACGGAAAAAAAGGUUUGGUUGAAUUAACCAAAUAUCUGGCCUAAUAUGAACGAUUCAAAUAUUCCGAUAGCAGUAACCCGAAUUAUGUUUAAGUUAACCAAAAAUUUUGUUAACUUAAACAGAAUUCGGGUUAUUUCAAUCGGAAUUUUUGAAUCGUUCAUAUUCGACCAGAUAUUUGGUUAAUUCAACCAAACUUUCUUUUCCGUACUGUCUUGGGGAAAGCCCUCUCAGGAAACAUAAAUAAAUACAUCUUUACACACAGAAAGUUUGACAAAAGAGUUUAUAUGGGCAUAUAACAAUCAUUUCUAAUGCAAUAUUUAUU